UGCCAUUUAAACUCGCACCCAUGGCAUUUUGUUCUCUCCCAUGUUCACAGCCAAGCCCGUCUCUGUCGCAAGCCCGUCUUUGUCUGGACCAUCAACGAACACCUCAACAAUGAGCUCACCAAAGUGGCGUAUCGCUGUCGGCUGCGAUGAUGCCGGCCUCAGCUACAAGAACAAGAUCAAGGCGGACUUUGAAGCGGAUGACCGCGUCGAGUUCGUGACUGAUGUCGGCGCGAACGACAAGACGGCCUACCCGCACGUCGCCGCGGCGGCCGCUAAACUGGUCGCCUCAGGAAAGUGCGACCGGGCUCUCCUGAUCUGCGGAACGGGACUCGGGGUGGCCAUCUCGGCCAACAAGAUCAAGGGCAUCCGGGCCGUCACGGCACAUGACAGCUUUUCGGUGGAGCGGGCGGUGCUCAGCAACAACGCGCAGGUGCUUUGCAUGGGGGAGCGGGUGGUGGGGCUGGAGUUAGCUCGGCGGCUGGCCAAAGAAUGGUUGGGGUACGUGUUCGACGAGAGCAGCCCAAGCGCUGCCAAGGUCGCGGCCAUUCAUCAGUAUGAGGAGGGGGAGGGGGGCUUGUCGGGCCAUGAGGAGGUGAAGGGAUGUUGAGAGAGAACGGGAACAAGUCCCGUGACGCCAUACAAAUUUCACUUCCCGGCACUGCUAGAUUCGUUAUGUAGAUCUUUCACUUUCAAGAAAGUUUUGUCAAGUCA